AUGCAAUCUGAGACAUCCUUUACAGCUGCAACACCUCCUGUGUUCGACGGAGAAAACUAUCAAAUGUGGGUAGUGAGGAUGGAAGCCUACUUGGAAGCCAAUGAUCUUUGGGAAACAAUGGAAGAAGACUAUGAAGUUCCACCGUUACCAGAAAAUCCAACAAUGGCACAGAUCAAAAAUCACAAAGAGAAGAAGCAGAAGAAAUCUAAGGGAAAAGCUUGCCUUUUUACAGCAAUUUCAUCAACUAUCUUUACUAGGAUUAUGACUCUCAAGUCAGCAAAGGCAAUUUGGGAUUUUCUCAAGAAAGAGUAUGAUGGAAAUGAGAAGAUCAAAGGGAUGCAAAUGCUGAACCUAAUCAGAGAGUUUGAGAUGCAAAGAAUGAAAAACUCAGAAACUGUGAAAGAGUAUUCUGAUAAGCUUCUUUGCAUAGAAAAUAAGGUAAGGAUACUUGGUGGUGAGUUUCUUGACUCUAGAAUUGUCCAAAAGAUUCUGGUUACUCUUCCAGAACGUUUUGAAUCAACAAUUUCUGCUUUGGAGAACUCAAAGGAUUUGUCCAACAUCUCUUUGGCAGAAUUGUUGAAUGCUUUUUAG